ACUACCUCACCAACCUCGAACACAGUCUGUGACCAGCAAUCGUGACAACACACUCGCGCGAUAGCGCCGCCGGUCGGCUUCUGCUUCCACGAUGUCGACUCCACCAGAUGGAUCUUACAUCACCCAGAUCUUGAACGCAGGCUUCUUCGUACCUGCCACUGUGCCCGCCCCCACAAUGUCGCAGACCGAAGAGAUCGCAGAACUCAAACGCCUCAACAAGGCACUGAAAGCCGAGAAAGAUGCAACUGACAAGCGAGCAUCGGAGCGUUACAGAGACUUCUUGCAUGCGGACCGCCGCGCCGAGCGCACAGAACAAGCGCUCAAGAAUGAAAAGUGGGAGAGAACAGAUGAUCAGAUCAAGGCCGUGAGGUUGUACAAUUGCUUCAAAGACAACAUCGCGAGAUUAGAGGCGGAUUUUGCGCAGGCGCAGCAACUCGAACACAGCCAUGUCCAACUGCAGGAGCUGCAGACCGCUAAUACCAGAUUGCAAGGCGAGCUUGCGCAACACAGGGAAGCCGCGGCACGAGUGCAGACCAGUCAAAGCAACGCGCUCAAAAAAGUGCAAGUCAAAUACGAGGCAGAGAAGCAGCAGUUCAAGGAGCAAUCGGAGAAGGAAUUCCAGAAGCGUCUUGCUGAGAAGGAGAAGCAAUGGAAAGACGAGUCCACUCGCCACUCUGCGACCGCCAUACAGAAGUGGAUGAAACAGUAUCAGUCCAUGCAGCAAGAGAUUGAGCGCCUCCAACAGCAGCUCAAGCAGUCGCAACAGGCGCUCGAUUGGCACAAGGGCCAGUUGCAACAGCAGUAUCCGCAACGUGUAGGUUUUCAAGGCCCGCAAAUGGCUGCAGGGAUCCAUGCCGGCUUCCCAUUGACCACGCUACAGAGCCCUCAGCAGGACAAAGAUCAGGCACGGAAGCGCAGGCGGCUCAACUCCACAGGCGACGCCCACGCUUCAAUGCCAGAGCAAGGCGGUGGAAACACUUCGACUACGACUCCCAAGAGAAAGAUGCCGAGCUUGGCUAGACAGUCCUCACAAAACGCUGUGACUCCUACCCGGCUGUCUCAGCAUCCGGCCACGACUGCCAGUCCUCUACAGUCACUCCAACAGGCUCAGUCACAAACUCAGGCCCUAGCAAACUGGCAGGUGCAGGAGCAGGACAUACUCUUGCAAGCUCAACAGAACGGUUCAUAUCAGCUUUUCCAUCAGUUUUUCGCGCGCAUGAAUGCGGAUAGACAGAAGGUCGGCCAUCCUCAACUGACCAUUAUGCAAGCAUGGUCUGCCUUCAACCAACAGCUGUUAGCCUUAAGAGCUCGUCAGAACCCAUCUCAGCUCAUCUUCCAGCACGAUGCCUCCAUGUCGCAGAACAUGGCCUUAGGUGAUAGGCAAGCUACAUUGCAGUCCCCAUUCCUACCGAUGGCAACACUCUUUGAUCAGCAAACACACCAAUCUGUUAACAUACAAUCGCCACUGUCACGUCGGGCAGGUAAUUUUGGAACUUUCCAAUCAAUGCAACUGCCACAACAAUGCCAGCAGUCUCCGCAAAGUCUACCUCAAAACGACUGGCAGUCGCCUGCAACAUCGAUCCAAAAUCUUAGCUCUAUGCCGACCUUGACAGCGCGAUACAACGCAAAUUCGCCCGCCAUACCGUCCGAUAAGAAUUUCCAGCCCCAAGCCGUGACACAACAGGCGUACUCUGGGAUAGACGACAUGGAUCUUGCAGCUCAAUUAUCAUUGCAGUUGCAAGAUGGGAACCUCUAUCCAUCCCCUGAAGAUUCUCAGGGCGCUCAAGAUAAGAGCGGACUCGGUAAUCAGGGUGAGAUUCCUGGCUGGGCGUCGCCGACUCCAAGCCACGAGCAUAGUUCCCACCAACCUAACGGACAGAUAACUUCAAGUGCUGUCAACUUCCAGGAUUUCGGAAACGGCCUCGCGCACAGCGGCUUCUCUGCAGCGGCAAAUACUCCAGCGUCCCUGCCGUACCAAUCGCAUAACACCGAAGCAUCUUUCGACGUUUGGUCGCAACAGCAUGGCGCCAGUAACGUCCCCCAGCGAACACCCCAGCAACUCGGGCUCGACCCGAGUCUACUCCAAAAUGACACAAACCAAGCUUUCAACGGCAACUUCGGGUCCUUUGACACUGUACAAGCACCGCGCAACGACCAGUCUGCAUCUCACCAGCGCCACCCAAGCGAAGCACCGAGCAUCAUUAGUGUCCGCUCUAGCCACGCUCCCCACGAUAUGCCCGCAACUCGCCCGACCAUAUCGCGCAAGUGCCCCGCCGCAGCACCACCAGCACCACCAGCAUCACCAGCAUCACCAGCAUCCGUACACUCAACACCUGCUCCCUCGUCACGCUCGACUCCUGCACCGGCAGGUCCAGUCUUCCCAGUCUGCACGCACUGUCACGAGAUGUGGUGGAACCAGACGUGCGACGCCGGUGAGUCGUGCCAGAACUGCAUGGGCUCGGGCUCGCAGUGCGAGCGACCGAAGUGUCUCCUCGAGGCGGGUACGUGUGCGAACGCGCGGUGUCCGAGGGUGCACGAGGGCGAUGUGCGGUUUAGGAGUGUGGUGAAGAAGCCGAAGACGCUGAAGAGAGAGGGCAAGAAGGGGGAGCGAAAGAGGAGUCCUGUGGAAAUGUCUCGGCCGCAGUGAAGGGAAGGAGAUGUGAAGUGGGAGGCUGUGGAUUUCAUGCGACUAGAGACUGUGCACGUGUCUGUGUUGUGCGGUAAGCUUAUGGUGGCAAUCGGAUAUCGACUAUGACUUUGACAUUCUGUGAUAAAUGAGUAGACGUAGCCAC